AUGUGUCCAUCCACUCUUUUUGUUCUACCAGCUGCCGCCACCAAGUUGGUGUGCUACUUCACUAACUGGUCCCAGUACCGAGCUGAAGCCGGGAGAUAUCAGCCGUAUGAUGUGAAUCCAGACCUGUGCACCCACCUCAUCUAUGCCUUUGCCAGCAUAAACUACGCCAGCGAGCUCAGCAUCCAGGAAUGGAACGACGAGGCAAUGUACAAGUCCUUCAAUGCCCUGAAGUCCAAAAACCCAUGGCUGCAGACACUGCUGGCAGUUGGCGGGUGGAACUUUGGGACUGUCCAGUUCUCCAUCAUGGUGUCAUCUGCAGCAAACCGCCGGAAAUUCGUCCAGUCAUCUAUUAGUUUCCUGCGGACGUACGGCUUUGAUGGGCUGGACCUGGACUGGGAGUACCCAGGGUCUCGAGGGAGCCCCCCAGAGGACAAGAAGAGAUUCACACUGUUGUGCAAGGAGCUCCUGGAAGCUUUUGAGACUGAAAGCAGGGCGAGUGGGCGUCCCAGACUGAUGGUCACAGCUGCAGUGGCUGCUGGGAAAGCCACCAUUGAUGCUGGAUAUGAAAUAGCUGAGAUCUCUAAGUACCUUGAUUUUAUCAAUGUGAUGACCUUCGACUUCCACGGAAGCUGGGACAGCAUCACCGGUCACAACAGCCCCCUGUACGGUGGUGCCCAGGAUGAAGGAGAUUUCAUCUAUGCCAACACUGACUAUGCCAUGAAGUACUGGAGGGACCAGGGUGCCCCUGUAGAGAAGCUCCUGAUGGGCUUUCCCACAUAUGGACGCUCCUUCCGUCUGGCCUCAGCCAAGCAGGGCCCUGGAGCUCCGGCCAGGGGUUCUGCCUCUCCUGGGCCCUACACCCAAGAGAUGGGCUUAUGGUCCUAUUAUGAGAUCUGUACUUUCCUCAAAGGCACCACAGUACAAUGGAUGGAGGAGCAGAAGGUUCCUUAUGCUGUCAAAGGGGAUGAGUGGGUGGGGUUUGACAACCAGAGAAGCUAUAUAACCAAGGUCAGCUACCUGAAGGAUAACCAUUUUGGUGGGGCUUUCAUCUGGUCCCUGGACUUAGACGACUUCACGGGACAAUUCUGCGGCCAGGGAAGUUACCCUUUGACUGCCCUUUUGCGGACAUUGCUGGAUAUCGAACAGCUGCCUUUCACAUCAACCAGGCCAGAAGUGUCCAGUGUGACUACAUCUACAACCACCACCACAACAAAACCGACCACCACAACUCAAAGCUCUUCCAAGAUCACUCCUUGGCCUAAGAAGUGUGUCCAGAGCACCAGCACCAUCAUCGAUACCGGCGGCAGCUUCUGCGCUGACAAGGCUGAUGGGCUCUAUGCAACCAUGUGA